UGAGGUAGCUGCGGAGGUGGAGCUGAGUGAGCACGAGGGAUGGCCUUGGGACGGGGCGGAGCCGAGUAGACCCGGUGACCGCUGGCCGGAGCGGGAUCCCUUGAGGAGCUAUGUGGGGGCGGGGCGUGGGCGCCGGGGCGGGACCCGAGGGCCGGAAGCGGACGGAACCUGGGGUCCCGCUAUCGGCUUGCCAUGGACGAGGCGGACCGGCAGCUCCUGCGGCGAUGCCGGGUACGCCUAGUGAGUGAGCUGCAAGUCGCCGAGCUCUGGGAUGCUCUGCUGAGUCGAGAGCUCUUCACGCGCGACAUGAUCGAGGAUAUUCAGCGGGCAGGCUCUGGGUCUCGGCGGGAUCAGGCCAGGCAGCUGGUCACAGAUCUUGAGACCCGAGGGAGGCAGGCCCUUCCUCUCUUCAUCUCCUGCUUAGAGGACACAGGCCAAAGCACCCUGGCUUCAUUCUUGCAAAGCAGUCGGCAAGCAGCCAAGCAGGAUCCAGAGGCUGUUAAAGCCCUAGACUACCUGGUGCCUGUGGUCCUGGGACCAAUGGGACUCAAAUCAAAGGAGCAGAGAAUAGUCAAGUUGGACCCAUCGCAGCCUGCCUUGGGAAACCUCACCCCAGUGGUACUGGGACCGGAAGAGCUCUGGCCUGCUCGGCUCAGGCCAGAGGUUCUCAGACCAGAAACACCCAGGCCAGUGGACAUUGGUUCAGGUGGCGCUCCCGAUGUCUGUGCUCCAGGGACGAUCAGAGGACAUGCAGAUAUGGCAUACACCCUGGAUUCGGAUCCCUGUGGUCACUGCCUCAUUAUCAACAAUGUGAACUUCUGCCCUUCCUCGGGGCUCAGCACACGCACCGGCUCCAGCGUGGACUGUGAGAAGCUUCAGCGCCGCUUCCGCUGGCUGCGCUUCAUGGUGGAGGUGAAGAAGGACCUGACUGCCAAGAAAAUGGUCACAGCUUUGAUGGAGAUGGCACACCGUGACCACCGUGCCCUGGACUGCUUUGUGGUGGUCAUCCUUUCUCAUGGCUGCCAGGCCAGCCACCUCCAGUUCCCAGGUGCCGUCUAUGGGACAGAUGGAUGCUCCGUGUCCAUCGAGAAGAUUGUGAACAUCUUCAAUGGCACCGGCUGCCCCAGUCUGGGAGGGAAGCCCAAGCUGUUCUUCAUUCAGGCCUGCGGUGGUGAGCAGAAAGACCAUGGCUUUGAGGUGGCCUACACUUCCUCUCAAGGCAGGGCCUUCGACAGUGACUCUGAGACAGAUGCUGUCCCAUAUCAGGAAGGCCCAAGGAACUUGGACCAGCUGGAUGCCGUGUCCAGUCUGCCGACCCCUAGUGACAUCCUCGUGUCCUACUCAACUUUCCCAGGUUUUGUCUCCUGGAGGGACAAGAAGAGUGGCUCCUGGUACAUCGAGACCUUGGAUGGAGUCCUGGAGCAGUGGGCUCACUCUGAAGACCUGUUGUCCCUUCUUCUCAGGGUCGCUAAUGCUGUUUCUGAGAAAGGGGUUUAUAAGCAGAUUCCUGGCUGUUUUAACUUCCUCCGGAAAAAGCUGUUUUUUAAAACUUCAUGAGGCUGGGGGCUGCUCUCUGCCUCAUUCUUCUCCCUCGAACCUUCAUGGCCUGGAGGUGGCCAAGACCGGAAGUGUCCUGCGAAGCAAGGGUUUUGUAACUGGGGCAGGCUGCUCUUUCCCUUUUCUGGUGCAGACAGGCUCCUAGCAGCUUCCAGGUUGGAGGGAGAUGUGGAACAGUUCGGGGAGAGGAACGGAGCACUGUGGAUGCCCCCUGGCCGCUUCAUCUGUGGUUAGGGACUGUGGCCUGGGGCUGCCAGGCCUCUCUAGAACAGGGCUUCUCUGCGUAUGUACUACUGACAUGUGGGGUUGCAUAAUCCUGUCAUGGGACUGCCCGUGUGUUGUAGAGUUUUUUAAGCCAUCUCUGGUCUCCACUUGCCAGCUGCCAGGAGCACCUUUCCUGAGUUCUGCCAACCAGAAAUGUCUUCAGACAUAUGUGCCCUGGGGGACAUUACAGCACCCCCUCUGGAGGGACAUCACCCACAGGGGUCUGUGGCUGCAGAUACGCCAGCAUCUUUCCUUCCCAGACCCACAGUCCAGCUGGCCCAGUGUGAAUACCUGGAUCUGGGCUGCAUCUCGUUGAAGUUUCCAGAAGGGUUAAAUCUUCUCGAGCACAUUAUGUAUUCUUAAACAAUAAAUCUCAGGCAAAAGGACUGUCUUUGCCUGUAUCCUCCCCACCCCCGCUCUGUUCUUCCUACAAAGGAGACUUGCCUUUUCCUGAGCAUUUCUCUGUGUCUUCCAAGGUCCCCGUCCAAGCACAGGAGGUGACUGAGGUGGGAGCCAGGAGUCCCCACAGACCAAGUUUCAUGUCUGAAGGAUCUUGGUUACCCUAGUGAGGACACUUGGGCAGAACUCGACUGCUGCGAGUCUCCCCCAGUCUUCCUUGCUAAGUGAGCCUGGUCCCCGGGUGGCAUGGUGGCAGUGACUGGGCAGUAGUGAAGUGCUGGCCCUCUCUGGAGAAGGUCCCACCUUGUCUUUAAAGCUGUUCUGACUUUCACUUAGUUUUCUUUCUGUUUCCAUCUGGUCUUUGCUUUGUGAAAAUCCACUUGUGUUUAGAUGGUAGGGGUGCCAAGCCUUGUUUGUUUAUUUUUUGAGCUGGGGGUCUGACUUUGUAGCCCAGGCUGGCCUCAAAAUCUCCAUCCCACUGCCUCCCGAGGACGGGGAUUAUAGCUUGUCCCACCACCUCAGGCUCCUCCUGCAAGGGUGUUGCUUUCAGGGCCCUGAGGUUAGGGUGUCGGGUUAAUAAGACAGACUCAUCCAGGAUAUGAUCCAUAAGUCGCUUUAUUACUAUUUCCUUUAUGUGGCAUUUCCAAGGUGACAGCCGCAGAGAUGUCCUUGGUUAGUUCCUUGCAAUCACCUGCAGGACACACAGGAGAGUGAGGAGGUUAACCUGGCUGAGCAUUGAGUUCAGUGACUCAGGGCCAAGGGGUAUGGUCACAGUUUUCCCCUCCUGUCAAGAAGGGUCUUAGCCCAGAGUCCUGCUUGGGCGUCAGACCAGGAAGCCAGGAAUCACUAAUGAUUACUUGCCAAAUUUAUAGAUAGGUGUGUUUUUUU